CAAGGCUCACUUGAGGAUUAUCAGGGUACCAGUGAUUAACACAGCCUUUCAGCACUCAGUGCCAUCAGUUGUUUCAUUGGGUGAUUGAAAAUUCGUUACUCGGACAAUUCGAAAUUUACUGGAUCCCAUUGAUUCGGGAGAUUCACUUUUAUAACUGGCGGGUUUGCCGCGUCAUGGGAGUGGUGAAGACAGCCUCUGAGAGUUUUUUCGAGGAGACUGCACUGCCGAGCGAGGAGGCUAAUUAUUCGCUGCAGGGUCAUGCCGAUGAGUGGAGUGAGAGUUUCCCGUAUCAACUUCUGAUUGGCACUGGUGUAGCACUCAUGGCACUCGUUCUUCUCGCAGCUGUGAGCUUUCAGUGUUCAUCCACAUGGAAGUGGCUCCUAGGUGUCGCCAGACAAGAGAGUGACGAUGACACCGAUGGAGAAUUGUCUCAACAAAAUGCAAUACGCAUCAGUCAUUCGCUACCUGAUUUGCAGUCUGAACCGAUUACGCAUGAGUAUAUUCAGGAGCAGAAAGAUAGUAAAAAGCAUGUACUACGGCAAACAACUCUACCAAUUGUUCCAACGAGGCAUCAAACUUUCCAACGUCAGCUGUCCCAUCGUCUCGAUCUGCCCAAUAUUAAAUUCAGCAUCUGCAGCUUGGAGAAUCGCAGUGACUCGAGCCUCGGCCUCAUCAAGCCAGAGUUGUACAAGAAGGAUUUGACAAGGCAGGAGAGUACUGAAAGCUCCAGUACAGUGGAAAUGGAAUAUGCCGGCAAGCUCCAUUUUGCGCUGAGAUACGACAAAGAAAUUGAUGGACUCGUUGUUAAGGUCUUGGGAGCGAGGGAAUUACCCGUCAAAGAUGUAACUGGCAGUAGUGAUCCUUACGUCAAAGUGCAUCUCCUCCCAGACAGAAAGAAGAAAUUUCAAACCAAAGUCCAUCGGAAAAAUCUGAAUCCCAUCUUCAACGAGACCUUCAUCUUCAGUGUACCUUACGAUGACUUGAGGGAAAGAUAUUUACAGUUUUCCGUCUACGAUUUUGAUCGAUUCUCUCGGCACGACUUAAUUGGACAAGUUGUACUUAAAGGGCUCUUGGAUUGCACUACAUUAGAGCAAGAAAUUGAGUAUACAAUGGAUAUUCUCUGUGCGAUGCAGGAAAAGGUGGAUUUGGGUGAGUUGAUGUUGACGCUCUGUUACCUACCGACUGCUGGACGUCUUACGGUGACAGUCAUCAAAGCAAGAAAUUUGAAAGCAAUGGACAUCACAGGUUCCUCAGAUCCGUAUGUGAAAAUAUACCUUUUAUGCCAGGGAAAGAGAAUAAAAAAAAAGAAAACAACUGUGAAGAAGAAUACGCUGUUUCCAGUGUAUAACGAAUCACUAGUAUUUGAUGUGCCAGCUGAUAAUGUCGAAGAUGUUAGUCUCAUAGUGAAAGUGAUCGAUUACGACAGAAUUGGCUCUAACGAAUUGAUGGGCUGCACGGCAGUAGGCGCUAGUUUCAUUGGAAUUGGUAGAGAUCACUGGCUUGAGAUGUUGGAUAAUCCGAGAAAACCAGUGGCACAGUGGUAUCCAUUAAUGGAAACUGUGGCUGGUCACAUUCCAACUGUGUCCUCAGAGCCGCUUCCUGUCAGCUUGAGUUGCUUGAACAGUAGAUGAAGCUGGGGUGAUUGAAGUCGCUAAUUUGCGAGAACCCGCCACUGACUUUGUUGACGUGGAACUUUCGAGGAAACAAAAACUCGUCCCCACCUGUAAUUCUAUGCACAAGCUUAGAAUGACGUUGAGAAAAUGAAAACUACAAGGCUCCCUCUUCAAAGCGAAGAAGAAUCAUCCCCUCAUUUCUCCAUCUCAUUCCUCUUUCUACCUCUGUUCCAAUUUAAUUAUCUACAAUACUCGUACCAUCCUUGGCCGACAGGCGUGAAACAGUAAAUGCUGCAGAUAAAAGCCGCAGACAUUGGUGCAUAAUGAAAAGACGUUGAAAAUACUACACAGGGGACUUGUGACAUCUGCGUGACGCAGAACUCCAACUAUAUUUUUUAAAUAUGACACGAGACAAUAUUUUUCAAUUUAUUGCCUCGUUAUAUGUUCGAUAAAUAUUCUCAACGUCAAAUUAGAAAGAAAGGUUAAAUGAAUAAUGAAAGUGGUAAUGAUUUGAAUUUUUCAUUAUAAAAAGAGCCCCUCGAGGUUGAAAAAAUGACAAAUACAAUAUUUCUUGUACAAUCCCGCGCGCAGUAUUAUAUUAGAGAUGCAGAAGGGCCUUAUUUUUGGAAUAGAACGAACGUGAAUACAGCGAAUGAUUAAAAAAUAUCCGAGAAUACCUUGAUAUAUACCAUACCAAGU